UUAGCGCUCUUUCGUGCCAGAUGCCUCUGCAUUCUCGAGCUGCUUGUCAGUGUCCUGUCGCUUCUCGGCGCCCCACAUGCGAAAGCGCAGACGACGGCGCACGUCACCAACACCACACAAGUGCGCCUCUUUUGCUGGCCUUGUGUCGUGCCCUCUCAGCUGCUGCAUGGUCACAUCGGCUGGUGGUGGUUGGUUCUCGACUUCUACAUCAGCUGAGGCAGUUGAGGCCGUCUCUCGUUGCAU